GCUUACUCCAUCUUUUCAUUAGGGUACCAACAAAGAACUCGAGCUAUUUAUUAUUUGCCCACGUUCUUAGCUACAUCCUUAUACCUUAGCUCUCUGUCAACCUAUUAUUUUGCCCAUCUUCUUCUCUCUUUCUCACCCUCUAUUUCUCUUCAUCAUCAACAUGUAUUCCUCUCAUUUUUUUCUAGUUUUGUUUCUUUGUUCUUUAGCUCUUCUUGCUUCUUCGCUGGCUUCUGCUGCAGUCGUGGAACAUUCAUUACAUGUGAAAAACCUAACUGUUCGGCGGCUGUGCAAUGAGCAUGUGAUAACUGCAGUGAACGGAAGCCUUCCUGGCCCAACUUUACGGGUUCGAGAGGGUGACACCCUUAUUGUCCAUGUUUUUAAUAAGUCACCCUACAAUAUCACCAUUCAUUGGCAUGGAAUAUUUCAAAAAUUAAGUGGCUGGGCAGAUGGACCUGAUAUGGUAACUCAAUGUCCAAUAAUCCCUGGAAGCAGCUACACAUACAAAUUCAGAGUCAUCAAACAAGAGGGUACUCUAUGGUGGCAUGCUCAUGUCUCGACCCUUCGUGCCACCGUCUAUGGUGCUCUCAUUAUCCGUCCAAGAUCGGGGCUUCCCUACCCAUUCCCUAAACCUGACAGAGAAGUACCCAUCCUAUUAGGAGAGUGGUGGAAUGCCAAUGUUAUCGACGUCGAGAAUGCGGCAAUUGCCAGCGGUGGUGCACCACAGAAUUCAGAUGCUUAUACUAUAAAUGGAUUGCCUGGUGAUCUCUACAAUUGCUCCCAAAAGCAAAUGUACAAGCUUAAGGUGGAGAAAGGAAAAACCUACCUCUUACGUAUCAUCAAUGCUGCACUCAAUAAUCAACUCUUCUUCAAGAUAGCCAAACACAAGAUGACAGUGGUCGCAAUUGAUGCAGCCUACACUGAACCUUACGUCACGGACGUGGUCGUUACCGGUCCGGGCAUGACCACCGACGUACUUCUAAAGGCUGAUCAAGCGGUCGGGUCUUACUACAUGACUGCAAACCCAUAUGCUAGCGCUGAAGGUGUGCCGUUUGAUAACACAACUACCAGAGGCAUACUCGCUUACCAAGGCUCAACAGUAGCCGCUCCAAUUAUGCCUCUAAUGCCGGCCACUAACGACACCCCAACGGUUCAUAAGUUUUACUCCAACCUUACCGGUCUAGCCGGUGGACCCCACUGGGUUCCAGUGCCACGUCAUAUUGACGAGCACAUGUUCGUGACCGUUGGGCUCGGACUAGAUCGUUGUGGAGGAUCAGGGAACACCACCUGUGCAGGUCCAUUCGGGCAGCGAUUAUCUGCUAGCAUGAACAAUGAAUCGUUUCAACUGCCCACGAGUUUGUCAAUGUUAGAGGCAUUCUUUUCCAAUGUCAGCGGAGUCUACACGCCUAAUUUCCCUGACAAGCCUCCGGUCAAGUUUGAUUAUACGAAUGCUAGUAUCAGCAACGAUUUGUCGCUGCUUUUUGCACCUAAAUCCACAAGUGUUAAGGUGUUGAAGUACAACGCAACCGUGGAAAUGGUGUUGCAGAAUACGGCCUUGAUAGGGGUGGAGAAUCAUCCCAUACAUCUUCAUGGUUUUAAUUUUUAUGUGUUGGCCCAAGGAUUUGGGAAUUACGAUGACGUAAAGCACUCUGUAAAGCUCAAUCUUGUCAAUCCACAAGUGCGUAACACUAUUGGAGUCCCAGUUGGAGGAUGGGCAGUUAUAAGAUUCAAAGCCAAUAAUCCAGGUGUGUGGUUCAUGCACUGUCAUCUAGACGUGCAUUUGCCAUGGGGAUUAGCAACAGCUUUCGUAGUUCAGAAUGGACCGACUCCAUGGUCUACCUUGCCACCUCCACCAGCCGAUCUGCCCAAGUGUUAGAACUCAUAACACUCGAGUCUGUAUUAAUUCCACGUUCACAUUUUACUUUAAUUGUUUCAUUGGUAAAGAAAUCCCGUUUGUAAUAAUGCUAUGAGCAUAUCUAUUCUUUGUCAAUUGUACCAUGCAAGUUCCAAUUAUUUCCAUGUAAUUUUUCCAAUGUCCAUUCAUAAAUAAUACUGCUUAGAAAGGGGUUUUCUUUUUAA